AUGGGGAGCAAGAGGAGGGUAAGUCAAAGAAGCGUUUUAUAGUCUUCUUGCACUUGAGCAGGUGUGUAAUAAGUUUACGUUUGGGGACUGCAUAAAGCUAAUACCAGCGUAAUUUCAGAUCUAAUAAAAGGUUUGAAGAAUUUAUAGUCUACAGUCAAUGACAUGCAGAGCGUCAGUCUAAGGUGCUUAAAUCAGACUGAAUAUUAUCAGCUGAAGAUAUUGAACUCAGUCAAAAUUAUGUCAAUGAUUCAUUCAGAUCAUAGGAAUAAAUAGCCGAUUUAAAAUUGCAUUUAAUUUCCUAGGAGAUCAUUUUACUGGAAAUUACAUAUGAGCGAUUAGUGAACCAAAUGCUGUCACAUAUUAACCAUUACGGUCAUCUAUUGGCUGAGAAGUGAGGACGAACCAACAGGCAGUUUACAGGUUUACGCACAUGUUGAAGAUUCAUUGUAGAUCUUAACUACUUUGAGUAUUGUUGCCAAAUAGGCAAAGAGUUUCAUAAACUCGCCCCAUCUCCAAAAACACUAACAUUUCAGUGCAGCAUGACAUGGAUGGAAUUUCAGACCUGAGUUACCCGUUUUCUGCUUUUCAUUCUCCAGCAUGAGGGGACAUGUGAAACUAUACCUGAAUGUACAUGCAUGCAUGUCAGAGGCUGUGAUCAGUCCUCUGUGUGUAACUUUUUGUUUGUUUACCUUCAGGGUAUCUUGGAGCGCCUGAAUGCAGGGGAGGUUGUAGUGGGUGAUGGAGGUUAUGUAUUACAGCUAGAGCGGCGUGGCUAUGUGACGGGUGGACACUGGACACCUGAAGCUGCUGUAGAACAUCCUGAAGCAGGUAAAAAAAACACAAAACUAGAAGUUGCUAUACAAAACAUUUAAGGGCAAAAAUAACCCCUUACUGCAUCCCAACAGAGAGUUAGGGGAGAGUGGGGUAAGUUGAGCCACCCCCUGUUGCUUGGAAAUGGUAAAUGAAAUUGAUCAUGUGACCAAAAAUUUAGGAGAUGGGAAUCAAUUCAUGGAGUCUGUGACGGUUAGAAGCACAUGGGUGAAGGGGUUAGACAUUUAUUUCCAAAAAAUCAUUUUUCACUCUUGAAAGUGAAUUUAGUCUGUCAUAAGUUUUAUUAGAGUUGUGUUCAGACCAAAAAAGAUCAUUUUAAAUUUGUUUUAUACAUCAAUUGUGGUAUCUAUGAGCUACAACAUGCGAUCAAAAACCUAGCAUAAAAGUCCACCAUUUUAGCUUAGAGAAUUUAUAAAGUCAUAAUAGUAGUUCUGGGGUAAAUUGAGCCUUUUGGCCAGUGAUUCUCAAGUCCAGUCCUCGAGGCCCACUGUCCUGUAUGUUUUGGAUGUUUUCCUGCUCCAUAUCUCUGUUCCUUUCCUGUAUCCCUCAUCAAAAUGAAGCAGUCUUCAGCUCUUGCGUUUACAAACAUUGCAGAGUUCAUGUGUUAAAACCUGCUUUUAUUUGUUCAGAAUCUGUUCACCUGAGUAUCAAAUUAACCACUUGUCUUCAUUUCUGUCAGUGCGGCAGCUGGCACGAGAGUUCCUGAGAGCAGGAGCCAACGUGAUGCAGACCUUCACCUUCUACUGCAGCGAGGAUAAGCUGGAGAUCAGUAGCACUGUCAACAGCAUCACUGUAAGUGCAGAAACUAUGUUGGUAAAAUAGGAAAAUAUGAUAGCACUAAUUCUGAGUUUACAUGAGGAGAUAAUGUUGUGCUUUUGUCUGAUCUAGGGGGCUCAGAUCAAUGACGCUGCAUGUGACAUUGCCAGGGAGGUAGCAGAUGAAGGGGAUGCGCUGGUUGCUGGGGGUGUGUCCCAGACUCCCUGUUACAUAAAAAGUCGCAGCGAGAAUGAGGUGAAGGCCAUCUUUAAGAAACAGCUGGAUGACUUCCUAAAGAAAGACAUUGAUUUCUUUAUGGUGGAGGUAUGUAGAGUUCAUUUUUGUCUACUUAAACAUAAAAUAAUGAGAAUUUGAUCAAAAUACGUAAUGUUUGCAAUGACAGUAAUAGACUAUGAAACUCUACAUAACUUAUUAGACUUGUUGUCUCAGUAUUUAAUUUCCAGUUAACUCUGAUGAUGUGGUGCCUGCUUGGUAGCAAAAUUCAAACAGAGUUAGAAGUUGAGUUUUAGUGAACACAUUGUGGCAGAAUGAAAAAAUAUUUGCUUGCUCGCUAUUUCUUCAGUUUUUUUCUGCUUGAUUUCCUGAGACAAAAUUUGACAAUCAAAAAAAUUUUUCUGCAGUAUUUUGAACACGUGGAAGAGGCAGUGUGGGCACUAGAGGUGAUGAAGACGGGCGGUAAACCAGUGGGUGCAACACUGUGCAUCUCGCCUCAGGGAGAUAUGAAUGGAGUUCCUCCUGGAGAGUGUGCCGUCAGGCUGGUCAAAGCUGGUACACUAAGCUUCUGUGAUCUAUUUAUCUAACUUAGUCUGUGUUCAUGUUGUAUAUUUACAGUCUGAAUUUGAUGUUUUCAUGCGCAGGAGCUGACAUUGUUGGAAUUAACUGCCACUUGGACCCUCUGACAUGUGUUCGAACUGUGAAGCUGAUGAAAGAAGGGUUAGAAAAAGCUGGUCUCAAAGCCCAUCUCAUGGUCCAGCCUCUUGGCUUUCACACACCUGAGUGCAACCACAGUGGAUACCUCAGCCUCCCCGAGUUCCCUUUUGGUCAGCAUUUCUUUUUGUGUCAGAUAAAAAAAAUAAUAAUUUAAGUUGACAAAGUGCUUCUGAUCCUUCACCCUAAAAGCCUAGACAAAAUGAUCUGACCUUCAUUACAGCUCUGGAGACCAGAUCACUUACUCGCUGGGACAUCCAUAAGUACGCCAGAGAAGCUUACAAUGCAGGAAUUCGCUACAUCGGCGGCUGCUGUGGGUUUGAGCCGUACCAUAUUAGAGCCAUAGCAGAAGAGCUGGCUGCAGAGCGAGGGUUUCUUCCACCAGCUUCGCAGAAGCAUGGGCUCUGGGGAUCUGCUCUGGAGAUGCACACCAAACCCUGGGUUAGAGCCAGGUAAGACUGAGCAGAAACAAGGCUGCUCAUAUAAUUUUGACAAAAAGAUUUGUUAGAUUUGUUUGGGGGAGAUGUUGUAGUGUGUCUGCUAACAUUAUAACCCAAAUUUGUUCCAGAGCUCGCAGAGAGUACUGGGAAAACCUUUUACCUGCUUCAGGACGUCCUUAUUGCCCUUCUAUGGCCAAACCAGCAGACGAAUAA